AUGCAACAAUUAUCGAUUCGUGUUUUUUUACACAGUUGUGAGUACGAGACACCACCGGAGGGCUGUAGAGCCACAGAAAGCUCUCCAUCAAAAUGUCUGGCUUUUCAUGGAAAAAUUAGGGCACGCACGAUCACAAUCAAUUUGAAAGAAGCCGGUGUUGAGGAAACGCUUCAAUGGCAAACGACCCAUCGACAUCGGAAGAAGCGAAGACCGCUGAGGCAGCGCAAAUCGAUUCAAGCACUGAUCCGGAUAAGGCUGAAAUUCCCGAUUCCAAAAUGGGCAACGCGGCCACCCGGUGGAUUUCAUCUGGAUGUUGCUUGUGAAGAACGGUCAAUUGCUGCCGAAAGUCUUCAUCGACGAGAAGAAGACCUACUAUUUUGGAAGAAGAUCCAAAACAAGUUGAUGUUGUUGUUGAACACACUUCGUGUUCUCGUGUCCCACGCAUUGUUGAUCUACCACGAAACGCUGCAACGAUUCGCUUUGGUCGACUUGGGCAGCAGUCAUGGGAUCGUUUUAUGGAAAAGUGCGGUCCGAGCCAUUGAGCCGCUGUUUUUGGAGCCGGGAGCCGAGGUUUCACUUGGGCGCCUCAUCGAGGAAGGAAAGAUGAUGACGAAUACAAAGAGUACUCAAUCAACGGAUAUCCAACUUGAGCAAGUUACCGAAUACAAUUACGGCACAGAAUCGACGAAUCACGGCGGUUCCGAUCUCUCAAAUGAGGGAGGCACGACGGAAAAAACGACCAAAGGGGCAAUAUGUCGACCUUUCGGUCGGGCGUUUCCGCAAUCUCGUCACAACGGCCAUCAUUUCAUCCGCUUCGGCGGUGAAACGUCCGAAUCAAUCGUCGGGACCGGAGCCAGCACACGGAGAAAAUUAUUGCGACCGACAAGGGAGGCAUCGAGAUAUCAGGCACCAAUCUCGACAACGUUGAAUAUUACGCUGAAUACAGCUCCUGAUCUCGAAUUGUACAAGGCGUUGCCCGAACCAAUCACGGAGUCGAUGACCCCAAUGAAAACGCUAUUCGCUUCAUUGUAUAUCGUUGAUGAUAGGGAGGAUAAUGCACCACACAAGAAAAAAUACGCCAAGGGAAGCUGGCCGGAAAGAAAACCCCAAGGAAUGAAACACUUGAUGAGGAUUUUCACAGGUGGACCUGAAGAGACCGAACUACGUGGACCGAACGAAAUUCGACACCCAGAUGCGAUGUGGAGGGAAAUUUUUCUUCGCUGCCAUUUUGAUGAUCUACCUCGGAUGAAGAUGGUAUGCAAGAAACAAUUCCACAUGGUGCUGACGAAGCCGCUUUUGGAAGAGGGAUCGAUG